UUCCCGUUUUCGAACGCGGGCCAUGAUCAAAUCUGGUGACUUGGUGAGUAACACAAACCUGAUUGUUUUUUUUUUUUUUUUUUUUUUUUUUUUUUCUUUUCAUUUUAUGUUAUCCCAAUUUACAAAACAACUCUCACCCUCUCACCUCAAACCCCAAACCCUUUAUUCGCUCCUCGCGGCGCUGCCUCCCAGGCUCCACGGCGGCCGGCGUUGGUUGGCUCGGCUCGGCGUCUCCAAAUCGCUACACACUCCUCGCUCUCUGUCCUACUCGCCUCUCAUUCUAUCAAUCUUUAAAUAGUGCGCAUAUCUUGAGAUAUACACCCGGGUGUUUAAUCGAAUUUUCUACGGGGAUAUGGGGAUAGGGAGAGAGCAGAGUAGCACAUCCGAAGCCGAAAGAGAGGAAAAAAGAAUUGUGAUGCUGGCACUGAGCGAUGAAUGCUUGCCUUCGGAAAGACUACAAGGUGGUACUCAAUUAUAUCACACUCGUGCAGAAUUUCACUCUGUGGAUCUGAAGCACAAUAUAUUAACUCGUUCUUGCUUUCCUUCAAUUAUCAUGGCUAAGUUCUUCUCAUCUGCCAUGGUGUCAUCUUUGAAUAAAUUUAUCUACUUAGUGGGAGUGGGAGGAGCGCGAUUAUCUGUCGUCCAAUCAUCUAAUGAGUCUUCCUCUUCCAACCACACAUUCUACUCCGGCGGUUCAUGUCUUGACAUGUCUGAUGAGGCUCCAGUGUGGUGUCCAGCUCCUGUCUUCGUUGAGGAUCACACUUCUCCCAACUAUGUUAGCUUUCUUGGCAAUAUUUACAACUUUGGAUCUGUUUGCCUUGCGCCCCAGGUUCUUGAAUGUGGUGCCCUUGGCCACUGUAAGUCAAUUCGCUCUCUCCCUAUCCCUCAAAGCCUUGCUGGUUGUAGUGUGUCUGUUCCUGUACUUCCCGACCCUUCCAACAAACGCAUUCUUAUGCGCCUCUAUGGUGGUCCCCUUUCGUCGCCUUCCCUCUAUGCUUUCACUCCCGAUCCUGAUGCUGAUGCUGAUGCUAUUGGGACAUGGGAAUGUCUCACCUCUGAUCUCCAUCUUUGGGCUCAUGCUGCUGCUGUUGUUAAUGGGGUCAUAUAUUUUCACUGCCAUAAAGUUCCAUCUCUUCUUUGUGCUUUUCAUAUAACCAAGAAAAUAUGGUUGAAAGUCUGGUGGGAUUCGUGCUUUAAGGACAGUGUUAAUAUGAAUGUCGAAACAAUUAAAUUCGAUGCAAUGCUUCAUUUGGGCCACAAUAUUUUGUGCUUUGCUUGUUGGACACCAAUAUAUUCCCGGACUGCUGUUUUUACCCUCGAAGUCAUAUUUUACAAGUUCCAAGUGUUGGUCACCGGUGAAACUGUAACCGUCAAGGUCUGUGACUCCUACUCAUAUGAACUUCCGGGAAGUACCAAUGUGUUUCAUUUCCUCCCCAUUUAGCAGGUGUAGGCCACUGGAUGCUCCUGCAUGAUCAGCAAAACUCAUGCAGAUUGACCACUUCAAAAAGGCGCUCUUGCUUGUGGAGUGAAAUUCAGCUGAAUGAAAAACUGAUAUGUGAUCUUAGUUUUAAACGCGGGUGCCUAGGCGUGACACUGGGCUCAAGGUGCACUAGGGUGCCAAGAAAAACACCUCUGGAGGCUGAGGCACAUACCCCUUCGAGAGGCGCAAAGGCGCAGGCUUUUUGGGCUUUUUUUUUGUUUAUUUUUCAUUUUUAAUCCUUUUGAGCCUAACCCACUAGAGGCGCACACCCCUCUUGCGCCUAGGUGCGCCUCUUGCAUGUGAUUAAGCUGAAUUCUUUUAAUUUCAUAUUCUCUCCAUAGAGGAAGAGGUAGUUAAUCUCUCUGCAAAGGUAGUUAAUGGAUUCUGUAAGGUAAAAAAAAAAGGAUAUAGCCUUUUGAGUUUUAAUGCAUUGAUGAUUAGUUAAAUUGCACUUUAGGGCCUUGUCACUUCUGUUAACUAGAGGUUUGAAAUAUUCCCACUUAAUACUAUGAGUCCAUGACCCAUGAGGUACAAUGGUUGAAAUUCCAUCUAAUUUGAUAAUUUUAUAGGUGCAAGUGUGUAACAAAGUGUGAGAAUCAACUGUGAACAUAAUAUUGGAUUUUCAUAUAAA